UGCGCCCAUCCAUACCCACCUCACAACUCACAAACACAAAUUCUCAACUCUCUCUUGUAGCCGGAAUCUCGCCGGAAACUUCAUCGGAACCCGACUCACGUCGUCUAAACAAGUUUUUAGACAAAGGUGGUGGUGAUCAUUUUGUUUUAAGUGUGCCAAGCGUUUCUUCAACAAAAAGAAGUGGUCAUUUGUUCAUAUAUCAUCUAAGAAGAUGGAAAUGGAAAGGCCAACGAUGACUUAUGAGAGCAACCUUGAUCUCAAGGCAACUGAGCUUAGGUUAGGGCUGCCCGGGAGCGAUGCGCCGGAGAAACAGUCUUGCCCUAGUGUUAAGAGUAACAAAAGAGCCUCACCAGAGAUGGAUAAUGCCAGAGAUGCUAAAAAUGGUGGUCAAGAUUGUGCCCCUCCUGCCAAGGCACAAGUAGUUGGAUGGCCACCGGUCAGAUCUUACCGGAAAAAUUGUUUCCAACCCAAGAAAAACGAUGCCGACGCAGCCGGAAUGUAUGUGAAAGUGAGCAUGGAUGGAGCUCCUUAUCUAAGAAAGAUUGAUCUGAAGUUCUACAAGAACUACGCUGAGCUACUCAAGGCUUUAGAAACCAUGUUCAAGUGCACUUUUGGUGUGUACUCAGAGAGGGAAGGAUACAAUGGAUCUGAAUUUGCACCAACUUAUGAAGACAAAGAUGGUGAUUGGAUGCUGGUUGGAGAUGUUCCAUGGGAAAUGUUUAUAACCUCAUGCAAGAGGAUGAGAAUCAUGAAAGGAUCAGAAGCUAAAGGCUUGGGAUGUCUAUAGAUCUAAAUCCCAAACCAAAGUGUUUAUAUGGAGAUUAAUUUGUAUGAAAAGAUUCAAAUUUUCAUGACCAAGAAAAUCUUCAGCCUGGGUUGUCCAUGAAGUUUUUGGUACUCUCAAAGGUUAGAACACAAAAACAACACAGAUCAAUCGGUUCGAUCGCGCGAUAUGUUCAUGGAUGGAUGCUCUGCCCUAGCCUUUCUGUGAUUUUAGGUUUUCAACAAUCCAUCAAAACAGAAAGUACUGCAUGGAAUUGGGGAUAUUAAUUUGGUUUAGGUCUGUCUGUAUAAAUGAAAAUAUGCUUAUCAAACAUUUUUCCCUAGAUCAUUUUGUUGUGUAUUGAGAAAAUACAGGGUCAUUUAUACAAAAUUGUAAAGCUAUAUAUGAUGUUCUAUGUUAUACAAGUAGAGCUUGUUUCCUUGCUA